GAGCUUCUUCAGUGUGCUUGUUAUUUUCAGAGAUGAGAAUCCAAGCAUGCCAAUUGAGGAGCUUAUGAAAGAAUUUAGGGCUACAAAAGGCUCUCAAUUCUACAGGAAGAAUAAUCAUGAUGCGAAACAACAGCUGCAGGACACUACCCAAAGUCCUGAAACAUUGCCCCAUCCCAAACCAAUCCUGGAGAGGGGGGCCCUGCUGAUGGAAGCUAAAUGUCAGGACGUCAGGGAGCCUUUCCCCUUGGACACCCAGGCUACGGACGAAUUGGCAGGGUCCACUAAUACUGGUGAUCAGAAUGAGUGUGACCUGCUGGUCUCUGCCACCACCAUCACCCUCACCCCAGGUCCCAUUCUAACAGACAUUGCCAGAGACCUAGCUGUGUACCGUUGCAGGCUUUACCCAGACGAACCCCGGGGCUCUUCUCCACUCGGCUCCAGUGACUCCCCCGUCCGUGUCCAUUCGGCCCUCUUUGAGCGGGUGUCCGUCAGCGAGAUCAGACACAAGUCGGACGCGGUGCUUAUUCGGACUGGUGUGCUCCCGUCAGAGUCUCUGAUCAUUGUGAAGACAGAGCAAGUACCCGAGAUGAUUGUGUUCCAGGCCGAUCCCCUAUUGGCUGAGAGUGCAGUGGCUGCUCCACCUCCGUGCGAUGUCGCUCUGUGUUCGAAUUGCAGCUGUGCCUCAGUGGUGGGUGCUCAGGCAGACGUGGGGGUUGUACUGGAGGCAGUUCGUUCCAUCUUCUCAUCAAUGUGUGACACAAGAGCUCCCAUGGCAGAGACACAAGACGUCAUGGUCUCUGAGCCUGAGGAGCAUCAUGCUCUUAAGGUCCACGCUACUCCAGUCAAAUCCAUGGUGUCAACACCCUCCAUCCCAGUUACAGCGAUGGAACUCCCUAGUUCAGCCCCUGCUGUUUCCCAGUCCCCUUUGGAGAUUCAUUGUUCAGCCCCUGCUGUUUCCCAGUCCCCUAUGGAGCUUCCUGGUUCAGCCCCUGUUUUGUCCCAUUCCCCUGUGGAGAUUCAUGGUUCUGCCCCUGUUGUAUCGAAGGGCCCCAUGGAGAUUCAUUGUUCAGCCCCUGCUGUUUCCCAGUCCCCUAUGGAGCUUCCUGGUUCAGCCCCUGUUUUGUCCCAUUCCCCUGUGGAGAUUCAUGGUUCUGCCCCUGUUGUAUCGAAGGGCCCCAUGGAGAUUCAUGGUUCAGCCCCUGCUGUGUCCCGUUCCCCUGUGGAGAUUCAUGAUUCGGCUCCCGCUGUGUCCCGAACCCCAGAUAUGGCUAUCCAAGAGGUGCAGAAUGUGGUGACCAAACGUUCAGUCCAUGAAGUGUCAAGAGAUUCCUCUGAUCUGCAGUGUACCUUUCCUGCAGCAACACUGGACACUGAAUUUGUGGGCCCUUUUUGUCCCCCUCCUGGAGAACAGUCUGUGGAGAUCCAUGCCUCCACUCCUACUGCUGUAACCAUUGACACGGACUCUUCAAAUCCAAUGUGUCCCUCUGUGGUCACUGUGGAGACCAAAUUAGACAAAGUAAUGCUAUCUGGUCCUGCUGCAGCUACGCCAGAAGCCAAGUCUUCCUGUGCAACAUCUCUCCCUACUUCAGUGACUGACGACGUGGCUCCUGUUUCUCUGUGCCACCCUGUGGUGCCGCUACAAGAGACCAGUGUCCCCAGUGAUCAAUUCCCACCUCAUAAUCCUCUCUUGACAGAGGAGACUCAGUCCCGUUCUGCAGUCAACCCAUCCAUUCCCACGGCCACAGGGGAGUCUAGAACCCCCUUCCUGGUCUACCUCCCACUGCCUGGUCCAGAGCUGGUCAGUACCCCUGGUUUGUUGUGCCAGCUGGGCCUGGGGCUAGUGGAGGCCAAAAGUAACCCUAGCUACUCAGAUCUAGAUUUUAGAUGUUCCCCCGGGAAAGCCUGCAAUCUGUCCAGAAACAAUAGCUUUGUACUCCCUCCGGGUGCGGUGGUGUCACACUGUUCGACGUGCCGGACAUCUCUUCUGCACCCACAGGGAGGGUCUUGUGUGGCCCAUGGCAGCCACUCCCUGGGUCAUUGUCCUGCGUCUCUGCAGAACCAGGCUGGCAUGGCGCCACACAGCCACGGAUCUCAGACCAAAGCGAUGCCUCUUUGUUCACAAGGGCACGACCUGUGUAGCAGCAUCAGUGGGUCCGGAAGCCACUGGCGGCUCUGCCACCUGACCCGGCCUGACUCUCAGAUCAGGAUGGGCGGCCCUGUCUGCCGCUACCAGAACUCUCCGACCAUAAUGCAUUGCAACGGGCUAGAGCACAUGGCCAACAUACCCAUGUACCAGGACUGUGUCCACUGUUCUAGUAGCGAUCACUCAGCCUGCUCCCGGACGUCCCAUAGCAGUCUGUACAGCCGACCCAUGGCCGAGUCUCAUUUCCCUGCUCACAACCUGGUUACCACCUACGUCCAGCCCCAGACCUGCUCCACGGACCACCUCGUCCACAUCCCCCAGCAGUGCCGCCUGACACCAACCCACUCUCAGGGGAGACUGUCUGCCCAGGCACUGUGCUCUCUCCACUGCCCACGGCUGCAGCAGAGUCACGGCUCCCUGGUCUCCUGUGGCCAACAAGGGGAGCUGUGCAGACUGGGCUCCUCCUGCUCGGCCUCUUCCACCAAUCAGAGACAAAACCAGGAACCUCUCGAGCACAAGGAGAGCAACCCCCUCUGUGCAAUGCUUCACAAAAAAGGGUCGGCCACAAACACCUAUUAAGACAACUUCCUGAAUUGCAGUCCCCAUGGCAACUAAUUCUGUUUUCACACUGCUUUUUUUGAAGUUGACAAUGUCUCCUUAUCAUUCUUUUAAAUUGACAAUAAUUU